AUGAACAAGUCUGAGUUUGUUGAUAUGAAGUUGGCAGAAGAGCUUAAUCUUGUUGAUGAAAAUAAAGUAGAUUGGAAAGGAAGAAGUGCUUUGAAGUUCAAAUAUGGAGGGAUGAGAGUUGCUUUGCUCAUAUUAGUUACACUUGGUUUGGAAAACUUGGGAACUUUCUCACUAGCUGUGAACUCGGUUCCUUAUUUCAAUGGAAUCAUGCAUUAUGAACUAGAAGAUGCAGCUAACAUGCUCACCAACUAUAUGGGUGUUAGUUACAUACUCUCGAUUUUGGUGGCGGUUGUUGCUGAUACAUGGAUUGGCAGAUACAAAUCUGUUAUAUUUUCGGGCUUCUUUGAGUUUUUGGGUCUUGCGUUGCUUACAGCGCAAGCACACUAUCCUAGUCUACAGCCGCACAUUUGCAAUAUCAAUGAUGCAACCGCUCAUUGUAAGACACCAAGUAGAGGCCAAGAAGCUCUUCUGUUUCUUGGCCUAUACUUGUUGGCAUUUGGUAGUGCAGGAACCAAAGCUGCAUUGCCAUCGCAUGGUGCAGAUCAGUUUGACGAAACUGACCCGAAAGAAGCAAAGCAAAUGUCCACAUUCUUCAACACUCUAUUGCUUGCGGUUUGUUUGGGUGGUUCUGUUAGCUUAACAUUCAUUGUAUGGAUACAAAUAAACAAAGGAUGGGAUUGGGGCUUUGGCAUCGGCACCAUAGCUAUAUUUAUCGGUACCAUAAUCUUUGCUUCUGGAUUGCCGCUAUACAGAAUUCAAGUUCCCAAAGGAACUAGUGGUCUCAUUGAGAUCAUACAGGUCUAUGUUGCUGCAAUCCGCAACAGAAAUCUUCCCUUGCCCGAAGAUCCAACAGAAUUAUAUGAGAUUGAGCAGGACAAGGAAGCUGACGUGGAAAUCGAGUUUCUACCUCAUAGAGACAUUUUCAGGUUCUUGGACAGAGCAGCUAUACAUUCAGAACCUGAUAUACAGUUAGAGAAAUCACAUUCACAGGCUUCAAGUAUAAGUCCAUGGAAACUUUGCAGGGUCACCCAAGUCGAAAACGCGAAAAUAAUUCUCAGCAUGGUCCCAAUAUUCUGCUGCACAAUUAUAAUGACUCUUUGUCUAGCUCAGCUACAAACCUUUUCAAUUGAACAAGGCUACACAAUGGACACAAGCUUCACCAAACACUUCCACAUCCCACCUGCAUCCCUCCCAAUCAUCCCAAUCAUGUUCUUAAUCAUUCUCGUACCAAUCUACGACCGCAUUUUCGUUCCCGUCCUACGUAAAUUCACCGGUAUUCCCACCGGUGUAACACACCUCCAACGUAUCGGAGUUGGCCUAAUACUCGCUUCGUUAUCCAUGGCUGUAGCUUCAAUAGUAGAAGUGAAAAGGAAAAGAGUGGCGAACGAUAACAACAUGCUUGAUGCAUUUCCAGUACUUCAGCCAUUGCCAAUAACCACAUUCUGGCUUUCUUUUCAGUAUUUCAUAUUCGGCAUAGCGGACAUGUUUACAUAUAUUGGUCUCCUUCAGUUUUUCUAUUCAGAGGCGCCGAAUGGACUCAAAUCUACAUCAACUUGUUUCCUUUGGACCUCUAUGGCACUUGGAUAUUUUCUAAGUACCAUAGUGGUUAAGUGUAUCAAUGGUGCCACAAAGCAUACUAAAAGUGGGGGUUGGUUAGUAGGGAAUAAUAUUAACAGGAAUCAUCUAAACCUGUUCUACUUGUUUCUUUCCAUUGUCAGCUUGAUCAACUUCUUUGUCUAUUUGUUUGUUUCCAAGAGGUACAAGUAUAGACCUCGAGGCCCGAAGGGAUCUGUCGAUGACAACUCGAAAUAG